AUGGGAUGGGGCGACGACGACGGCGGCAGCGGCCUUCUCUCGGUGCUUGCUGAUGUGGUGGCCAUCGACACCGGCAACGAGUUGCAGCACGUAGACAUCAAAGGCUGCGGGUGUGACGGAGGAGCACCAUGGCGGGCGUGCAGGCCAUGGCUCUCUAUGUUGAACAACAGGUUAAGGGAGCAUUCCUCAAUUUUUUGGGGGUUCAACGGAACAGCAGGAGUGUGGAGAAUUAAGGCACUCGAGGACUCUGGAAUAUGGAUGGAGAGAACAACAGUUGAAGACAUGGAUAUUGCUGUUCGAGCACAUAUAAAGGGAUGGAAGUUUCUGUUAUGGUUGAUGACUUUUCUGUAUGGCAUUCAUACCUUUACUGAUCAUUCAAACUGUGCUACACGAAUUUCCAUUCAGUGUUAG